UCGUGAUGUAAACAAAACCUCUGAACCAAAAACAGUGAAAGUGGGAAGUAUACCGGCAAGGGCGAUAACAAACGACAUAAGAAGGAGGGGGAAAUGGGGUUUAUUAAGUACAUGCUCUUAACGUCCGUGCUGAUAGGCCUGACGAGCGUGGUUUUACACGAAGUUUAUCCCCAAUAUGUCUCGUUGUUGAUGAAAAAUGAGAAGGUCCGUUCGGCCACCGUGGCCGUCCAUAGGCUCCUCAGGGACCUCUAUCCAAGCAGCGCAAGGGACGAGACGAGGCCCAGCACUGCGAAGGGAAGCAAGAAGCACAAGGAAAAGCUGUUCACAGAGGAGGAGCUGAAGAAAUACGACGGAAAGGCUGGAACGAAGGGCCCCUACUUGGCCAUUCUGGGGAGGGUCUACAACGUCAAGAAGGGCAAGCAGCACUACGGGCCAGGAGGGGGCUACGAGUUCUUCUCAGGCAGGGAUGCUAGUCGUGCCUUUGUCAGUGGAGACUUCUCGGAGGCAGGCCUGGUGGAUGACGUUUCGGGGCUGUCAAACCCUGACUAUAUUGGCCUUGAUGAAUGGAUAAAAUUUUAUGAAAAAGACUACAAAUAUUUGGGCAAGCUAAUUGGCCGGUACUAUGAUGAGCAGGGAGAGCCCACACAGUACAAUAAUCUGGUGCAGCAGUGGAUAUCAGAGGCUUAUGCACAGAAGGAGGACGAAAACCAGGAGAAGAGAAUUUUCCCUCCAUGUAACUCGGAAUGGACACCAGAGGCAGGAUCAAGAGUCUGGUGCACUACAAAGAGCGGUGGAAUACAGCGAGACUGGACGGGAGUUCCAAGGAAACUUUUCAGCCCUGGCCAGGGUAGGUCGAGGUGUGCUUGUGUGAAGAACUUUGGCGCACCAUCGCACGACCCAAAUAGAAAACCAAAUGAUAAUAGAGGAGAUCUUGAUAACCCAAAUAUACAGGAAUAUAAAGGAUGUGUACCAGAGGAGACAUCAUGUUAUAUUAAAGAGAAAUGAAUGUUUUAGCUUUUAUGAAAUAGAAAAGCUAUAUAUGUUGUAAGGUUAACACUAGCCAAUUGAAAGUCAUUUAUUAUAGUUUAAUUUAUUUAACAUUUUAAAAUUUGCUUUUUUCAGAAAUGAUGAUUGUAUGUAACUUACAUGUUACCAAUGGCAGCUGACAUUUGUAACAGUAUUUUUUAGUUAUAGAUUUUAUGGUAGUGCGUAAAAGUUGUGAACAGACCAUAAAAACUGAACAGAUUUCACUUACAGCUGUGUAUAUUUAAUUUGCAUUUUUAAUUAAUUGUUUUUAAAAUGAUAUCUGGGAUGAAGAUGAUGGUAAAAGAACAUAAAAGUUUCAAUAUACUGGUCAUUGUUUGAUAAUACGAAUAAUUAUACAUUAUGAUAUGAUCUUAAACUUUUGUAAUUACAUGAAUCCAGAAGUGUG